GGAUUGCUUGAUUUGUAGGCCGAGUGAGUUCUAACACAAAACAAAUAGGGGAGAUCCUUGUCAAUGGUCGGAAACAAGCCCUAGCAUAUGGAACAUCGGCUCAUAUGCCUUUUGGAACCUAGGCCCAUGUGACCCAAGAUGAUACACUCAUGACCACCCUCACGGUAUGGCAAGCGGUGUACUCUUCAGCCCAGCUCCAGUUGCCCAGCACCAUGUCGAGCUCCCAAAAGAGAGAGAGGGCUGAGACAACCAUCAGAGAGAUGGGUUUACAAGAUGCGAUGCAUACAAGGAUAGGGGGUUGGGGCGUUAAGGGACUAACUGGUGGCCAAAAGAGAAGGGUGAGUGUUUGUAUUGAGAUCCUCACGAGACCUAGCCUUCUCCUUCUUGAUGAGCCCACUAGUGGGCUCGACAGUGCAGCAUCUUACCAUAUCAUGACUCGAAUUGCACGUUUGGCUUCGCAUGAUGGUCGAACCGUGGUGGCAUCGAUACACCAGCCUGGUGCUGAGGUGUUCGCCCUCUUCAGCACACUAUGCCUCCUCUCCACUGGGAAAACUAUGUAUUUUUGCCCGGCCACUGCAGCCAGUGAGUUUUUUACACUGAGUGGGUUCCCUUGCCCUUCACUGAGAAACCCAUCAGAUCACUUCCUCUGCACCAUCAACUCUGACUUUGAUAAGGAUAUUGAACAAGGUCCCGAGGCCAAGGCCAUAAAAGCUUAUGCGGCCAUUGAUAUCUUAGUCAAGUCUUACAAGUCAUCCACCAUGGCCAAACAAGUCCUU